AUGGAGUUAUGGUCAUCAUCAAAGAUUAAGAUUAUGAGAGCUGGUAAUAAUAGAUUUAGAGGUCAAGUUCCUGAGUUUGUCUCUUUGGCUUCUUCAUUGGAGCAAGUUGAAAUUGAUAACAAUUCAUUUUCUGGUGAGAUCCCACAUGGACUUGGAGUUAUCAAGAACUUAUACAAGUUCUCUACUUCGGAGAAUGGUUUUGAAGGAGGAUUGCCACCAAAUUUAUGUGACUCACCGGUUGUCAUCAUUGUUAACAUCUCUCACAAUAAUCUAUCAGGGAAGAUCCCAAAGCUCAAGAACUGCAAGAAGCUUGUCUCUUUGUCUCUUGCAAGGAAUGCAUUUAAUGUUGGAAUCAGUAUUUUUUUUACAGUGUUUCUUUUUCGUAUUGUGUUUCAGUCACAACAAAAACAAAAAAAAGUUAAGUAUUUAGAGGAUAACUGGUCUUGUAUCCGGGUAAUCUCGUUUUCAUAUUCGUUUUUGGAAAUCCAUCCUGAAUGUGACAAAUGA